AAGCGCAAGGCAGCAGGCUGCAAAUAGCAGGAGACAUCUCGGUUGCGAGCUGGGUGCCGUUUGCUGAGUAAAGAUGGCCUUGUUGCGGGGUUUUUUGGUGUGUAGCCUACUCUUGCUCAGUUGUAUCUGCAAGGAGGCGCUCGGGACCAGGCUCCUCGGGGGACUGGAGAAUGCUUCCCCGGAGGAACCGGGCGUGGCUAGGGCCCUUCAAUUUGCCAUGAACGAAUACAACAGAGGCAGCAACGAUAUGUAUAGCAGUCGCGUGUCCGAAGUGGUCGAGGCCCAAAAGCAGAUUGUCAGCGGAAUUAAGUAUUACUUCACUGUUAAGAUUGGACGAACAGUUUGCCGUAAAGGAGCAACUGAUCUUGAAAACUGUGCAUUUCAUAACGCACCUAAACUGGCACAGACAAUGACCUGCACUUUUGAGGUUUACAACAUUCCUUGGAGAAAUUUUAUUUCCCUGGAAAAAAGUAGCUGCACCUAAAAGCAUAUUUGGUUUCCUACAAGACAGCUUUCUACUAUUCUGAUCUUGUUUCUCUAGUUAAAAUGACUAACAAUCCAGAUACAUUUUCAAGUGAGAAUUGUCGCCGCUAAUUCAGCAAUGCUCCUGCGUUCAUAAAGCAAACCUAUUUCCUGUAAUUUCCCCUUUGGAGUACUUUAUGAACAUCACCUUAUUUUACAAGUAUGAGUUGUGUCAUAGCAGAGAAAAAACACAUUAAAGGUUUUCUUGUCAAAUGUUAA